GGGGGAUCCCCCUCGCUCCCACGUGGUCCGGGCGCCUGUGAAUCGCGCCCGCCGGAGGGUCUCACAGCGAAAUACAAAAGCAGCUGGGAAGCCACGGCAAGCCGAGUUCCCAGCGCCGGGGCAGAGCGCUGGCCAGAGCCCCGCAGCGCUCUGCGGCCGCGAUGGGGCUCCGACACGCGAAGCCCCGGAGCCAGCUAGCAGCCGGGCCCGCCUCACCGCCCGCACCCGGGCUCCCGGGCUUGGCUUGAAGCGGCGGCGGUGGCACCGGCGCGCCAGCAGGAGCAUGGGGCGGAAGAUGCGGGGCGCUGCCACCGCCGCCGCCGCCGCGGGGCUCUGGCUGCUGGCUUUGGGCUCGCUGCUGACGCUGUGGGGAGGGCUCCUGCCACCACGGACCGAGCUGCCAGCCUCCCGGCCGCCUGAAGAUCGACUCCCUCGGCAUCCGAUCCAGAGUGGCGGCCCCGCGCCUGAACCGCGAUUCCCUCUGCCCCCGCCCCUAGUGUGGGACGCCCGCGGCGGCUCCCUGAAAACUUUCCGGGCGCUGCUCACCCUGGCGGCCGGCGCGGAUAACCCGCCUGGGAGGCACCCGGACGACCGCGGGAGGCACUUGCCCUCCGGGCUGUCCCGGCCAGCAGAGCGCCGGGCGGUGCACGGGGGCGUCUUCUGGAGCCGCGGCCUGGAGGAGCAGGUGCCCCGAGGCUUUUCCGAAGCCCAAGCAGCAGCUUGGCUGGAGGUGGCACGGGGUGCUCGGGUGGUGGCUCUGGAUCGCGGGGGCUGCGGACGCAGUUCCAACCGCCUAGCCCGCUUUGCCGACGGCACCCGUGCCUGUGUACGCUACGGCAUCAACCCAGAGCAGAUACAGGGCGAGGCCCUGUCCUACUACCUUGCGCGCCUGCUGGGCCUCCAGCGCCACGUGCCGCCGCUGGCACUGGCUCGGGUGGAGGCUCGGGGCGCGCAAUGGGUGCAGGUGCAGGAGGAGCUGCGCACCGCGCACUGGACCGAGGGCAGCGUGGUGAGCCUGACGCGCUGGCUGCCUAACCUCACCGACGUGGUGGUGCCCGAGCCCUGGCGAUCAGAGGACGGACGUCUGCGUCCCCUGCGCGACGCCGGGGGCGAGCUGACCAACCUCAGCCAGGCGGAGCUGGUGGACCUGGUACAAUGGACCGAUCUGAUCCUCUUCGAUUACCUGACGGCCAACUUCGACCGGCUUGUGAGCAACCUCUUCAGCUUACAGUGGGACCCACGCGUUAUGCACCGCGCUACGAGCAACCUGCACCGAGGACCAGGAGGGGCGUUGGUCUUUCUGGACAAUGAGGCGGGCUUGGUGCACGGCUACCGGGUAGCCGGCAUGUGGGACAAGUAUAACGAACCUCUGCUACAGUCGGUGUGUGUAUUCCGAGAGCGGACUGCUCGGCGCGUCUUGGAGCUACACCGGGGUCAGGACGCGGCGGCCCGGCUGCUGCGCCUCUACAGUCGCCACGAACCGCGUUUCCCAGAGCUGGCGGAGCUCUCAGACCCCCACGCUCAGCUGUUACAGCGCCGCCUUGACUUCCUCGCCAAACACAUUUUGCACUGCAAGGCCAAGUACGGCCGCCGGCCCGGGGACUUAAUGACACUCCGAGGAAAAGAGGGACUGGGCUAUGAAUAAUGGGGGUUAGGGCUGUCUUCUCUGCCAGGGGAUACGACCAAUCGGCCAACGCCCACCCAAUGGUCUGAUUGCCAGGCUGUCUAAAAACUUGUGUGUUAGUAACCCACUUGCCCCUUUGUUUUCAUGCCAGGCUGUUUCCUUUCCAAGUUCUGGAAGGGCAAACUCACCGAGGCGAGAAGUGUAACAUUCCCUCCACCUAGCUUAUAAAAAGAAUUCUGUGCUUGUGUGGAGAUUGGAUCUGAAGAAACUGGCUGCUGGGGUUUGGCCUCCGGAAUGGCAGUCUCUUUGGGAGAUGCAGUCCAUUUUUGUCGCUUCCCUCCCCCCCAAACUCCGACCCCUUCCCCGAAAGGAAAACUUCCGUUUGAGCUAAUUCUUCUAUUUCCUACUAAACACAGCGCUGGUGGCCCCAGAGCAGGCUGUGACAAGGGCUGGUGGAGCCCCCUUCCUGUGUUCGCCCUUUGUUCCAGAGCACGAUGGUGAGAUAACUGUUUGAAGCUGAGGCACAGCUCUGGAUAGGACAAAGAGCAAGACUUCCCCGCCCCUGGGAGCCCUGCAGACCCUGACAGUUUGUCUGACCCAUUCCUGAACUCCUGUCAUUUUGGCCUGAAGGCUAGGAAUUCGGGAUUAGUUUUAAGCAGUCAAUAAUGAAUUUUCUCCCUGCGUCUCCCAAUUGACCAAAAUUGACAAUGAUGAUGUUCACCAGAAGGAAAAAGAAAUCGGUUUCAUGCACUUUACUUUUUUUAAUUUUAAUUUUGUAGUAAGAAAACUUUUUUAUUUGACAGAAUUUGCCUUCUAUGUAUAUAUGUGCAUAAAUUGUGGUGUAAAUAGACUAAACAAACUUAUAUUUCAAUAAAAGGGAGUUUAAAAUUUAGAACUUAA